CUCUCGUUGUGCUAGCAUCGUAAAGUAAAAAGAAGAAGAAGAAGAAGAAGUAAAAUGGCUCGUACCAAGCAAACCGCUCGUAAAUCGACUGGUGGAAAGGCACCACGUAAACAGCUUGCCACCAAAGCCGCUCGUAAGAGCGCUCCAGCCACCGGAGGUGUGAAGAAGCCACAUCGUUACCGUCCAGGAACAGUCGCUCUCCGUGAGAUCCGUCGUUACCAGAAAUCGACCGAGCUGUUGAUCCGCAAACUGCCAUUCCAACGGUUGGUUCGUGAAAUCGCCCAAGAUUUCAAGACC